AAAAACCCAUCUUUCAUUUCUGUGCUACACCGGAUAAUUUUGAGUAAAGCAAUGAGACUCCAAAAAUUGCCCCAAAAUUCUGCCGUCAAAAUUUGUUCUAUAUCCCACCAGAGGUUCUUGAAUUCCAGUCCGGUAAACAAUGAUUUCGUGUCGAAAUUACUCGAUAGAAGGUGGGCAUUGAGCAGCCCAGAUGCCAAAAUUAACCAGAUCAAAAUCUUGAAUUCCAAUGGGGGUCGAUUAAAUCUAAACGGGAAUAUCUCUUUUCGGAAUUUUACCCAACCAUGCCUCAAUGAAGUGAAAAAGAACCAAUCUUUUCCAUCGUUCUAUGUGGUUAGAGACGACUUAUUGCAUCCUCUCGUAAAUGGUAACAAGGCGAGGAAAUUAGAUGCCCUGCUUCCCCUCCUCGAAGAUAAUGCUGUCACAGACGUGGUAACUUGCGGAGGCUGCCAAAGUGCACACACUGCUGCGGUUGCCGUGUCUUGUGCCGAGAGGGGAUUAAAAUCGCACUUGGUUCUUCGAGGAGAAGAACCCGAUAUUCCGACUGGAUACAAUCUCGUCUCAAAAUUAUACGGAAACGUCGUUUACGUGCCUCGAUCAAUAUACGCCAAAAGAGAAGAAAUGCUCGCAACGCAUGCUGAAUCAGUUAUAGGGUGCGAUGGAUCCAUUAUUUGGCUCAACGAUUUAAUGGAAGCUUCCUUGAAAAAUCACGCGCAGGGGCAAUAUCGUAAUUUUCUUAAAUCGGAUCCUUUGGAAUCUCCUGAAAAAUCGAGGAAGGUUGUUAUCGUAAAUGAAGGUGCGGGAGACGCAGUUGCCUUGUUAGGUAUGAUUCGGUUGAUAAAACACUUGUCCGAGAGCCAUUUGUUUGGAAAAAACGAGGCCCUAAAAAUCGUUGUCGAUGCUGGAACUGGUACGACAGCUGUUGGUUUGGCUCUCGGCGUUUCAUCUUUAGGGCUUCCGUGGGAGGUGAAUGCGGUAAUGCUGGCAGACAAAAUCGACGGCUACAAAAAGAAGGAACAAAAUCUAAUUUCCGAAUUCCUAAAUUCGACGGCUUCGGCUUUUGGAAAAGCUCCGAUCAGAGAAAAAAACGAUGGAAUUGUGCAAUGGGUGGAGCGUAGAGUACCAAGAAAAUUUGGCAAUAUAUUGAAAGGCGAAGUCGAAGAAUGCCGAAGAAUAGCACAGCAAACGGGCAUUCUUGUCGAUCCGAUAUAUACUUUGGCUGCUUGGAAUCUUGCUGCUGACCUCAGCGAAAACGGGGAAGAACGUACCAAAGUGGUGAUGCUUCACACCGGUGGGACACUUGGCAUGUUCGGAUUGGCCCAGAGGUAUCGGUCUUACUUUCGAAAUCCUGAAGAUGGUGUUGAAAUAUAAUUAGUGAUAUAAUUUAUUUAUUUAUUUUUAACAUUGAUGCCAUGAUAAACUCUGUGUGUGUGUGUGUGUGUGUGUGUGUGUGUGUGUGUGUAUAUUCUUUUUUAUUUUAUUUUUUAUUAAAUAUAGCUCAAAAUAGAAGAUGAAUAAUUUUUUGGUUUCUGAUUGAUAAUCAGCUAUUAAAUAUUUAAAUU